UCACGUGAUGGAAAACACCCGGGGCCUGAACGGGGCCGGGGCCUGAACGGGGCCGGGGCCUGAACGGGGCCGGGGCCUGAACGGGGCCGGGGCCUGCCCAAAGCCCGUCCCGUCCCGGUGUUCUCCGAGCCGGGAGGAGUUGGCGGACCCCGUCCCGGUGUCUCCCUGUGGCGCUGGUGCGGUCACUGUCGUUGCGGCUGCGGCCCUGCCCCGCUCCAUGGGGUCUCCGGCGCCCCUGGCAGCCCGCGGCCGUGACUCGGGCCCGGUGUUCAGCGGGGUUGCCGCUGAAAUUAUCGAGGACACACUGAUCCACUUGGCCACGGAGAACGAGCAGCACCUGAGCGAGCUGCCAGAGCAGGCUGGGUGCUUCAAAGAGACGCGGAUCGUGGAAUUUAUAUUCCUUUUGUCUGAAAAAUGGCACUUGGACCAGCCCACACGGUACCAGGCAGUGGAGUUACUUGAACGCAGCCAGAACCAUUCUCUGAGCAGCUGUGGCUUUUGUAGGUUCAUGAUCAAGCAGGUAGAACAGAUGUGUGGUGACAGAGGGAGCACUAGAGGCCGUGGCCAGGGCCAGAGGAGCAGCUGGAGCUCUCUGAGGGAUCAGAUCACCAACACCUUUGUCCUGAGGCUCGUGUCCUGUGUUCAGCUUGCCAGCAAACUCUCUCUGCACUACAGUAGAGUGACCAGUGACACAGCUUUAACAUUCCUGCAAUCCUUAAAAUACUCCUACACUAAACAGGAGUUGCUGGAGUCGGAGCUUGCUGUUUUAAACACUCUGCACUUCCACAUCAAUGUGUCCACUCCCUUGGCCUAUGUAGAGUUGCUCCUGGAGGUUCUAGGAUACAAUGGCUGCUUGCUUCCUGCCAAACCCUUACACCAGCUGUGUGUGCAGCUGCUGGACUUCUGCUACCUGACCAGAGAGACCAUCUAUGACACUCUGCUGAAGAUUGCCAUCGAGAACGCCACACCAAGCAAACUGCAGAUAGCCAAGUUUUUAACAGUGAAGGAAGAUUUCAUGCUCCUGGCUGUUGGAGUCAUCAGUACAGGUGUGUUCAUCCUGAGCCCCGGGCACUGGGAGCAGGUACAGUCACUGCUGAAGGCGUUGGCUCCACGGGAACACGGUGCCAAGGUUGUGGAGCAUUUAAACUGCAUCACUGGCAUUACUACCCAGAGCAUCCUGGAGUUCUCCUACGCCAUGGUGAGGCGCAUCGUCGGCAGCACCACACCCGAGCAGCACCGUGGCACCAAAUCUCCCGAGGACAGGAUUCCUCCUCACAAAUAGAACCACCCCGGCCAUCCAGUCACUGGCCCAGCAGCAGGAAUUGUCAUGCUGCUGGCAACUGUCCCUCCUCUGUGACACUGCCCAGGCACCCAGCACAGCUCAGGGUUACCUGAAGGCUGCCAUGUGUUAAUUAGCAAAGCUUGUCCUGUCAGGCAUCACAGUCAUGCUCUGAAAGGAGGCCCAAGAGCACCACAGUGUUUAGAAAUGCCCUAAAGGCUUCAUUGUAACAGCUGCAUCUUUUAAGUUUUGAAUCUAAGUUCCCUUUAAUCAGAGACCCCUCAGAGUGGUUGUGUUUGAAAGGUGCUGCCAUGCCUGGUGGGAUCAGCUCUCACAAAUGGGGCUGCUCUGUCUCCUCCUGCUGCUUUUAUAAACCCCCUGUCCCAGCUGCCUGUGAUGUCCCCUCUGUGCCAGCACUGUGACUGUCACCACAGCAGUGCCCAGGCUGGGUGUCCCUGCCGGUGCCAGGGGUUUGUGCUGUGCCAGGCACUGCUGGCUGGAAACACCUGGAAUCGUUUCACUGUUUCCUCAGCAGAGCCCUGUACAGGAGCAGCCUGCAGGAGGGAUUCCAGGGCUGUAAUGGGAUCAAACCUUUUCAAGUGCAGCAGCACAAAGAAGUGCUGAUAUGACUUAGAAAAUACUUUAUUUGAAAUUCUUUAAUGACCAGGCAGAGUUCUGGCAGUUUUCCCACAUUAUUCCCUGUGUUUGUAACGUCCUGCUUUUCCAAGCUUGCAUUAGCAGCAACAGAGCAGCAUCAAACUGAUGCUCAUUUGACAAUGAUUUAUGUGCAUGGCCACAAACCCCCAAAAUAACAGUUUAGAAUCCAUUUAAUACCUGGGUUUUAUUCUGUUAAACUCAAUGAUACAACUUUGCAUAUUGCUUUUCUACAAACUACUUGUAAUAAUGGCAUUUUAAAUAAAGUGUCUUGUGGAUUUUUGGUAUUGUAAA